CACUAGCCGUACCCUGCGUAUCGUCCGUGCGUCUGUGUGCGUCUGAGUGCACGUUUCGUCUAUGCUGUCAUGCUGUCUUCUGUAUUAAGAAUGCUGUAAGACAAUGAGGGAGCCGCUUUGGCCGCUCGUCCUGUGUCUUCUGGCCCAGGCCAGGGCUUCCAACAACUUCUUGAAGAUGUUCGCGGCCCAGCAAGGGAAUCCGCCGGACCCGUGCUACGACGAAACCGGGUUAAAACCCGCGGUUUGCAUCCCCGAUUUCGUGAAUGCCGCCUUCGGACAGAAGGUCCUUGCGUCCAGCACGUGUGGACAGCCUCCGUCGCGAUAUUGCAUCGCCGACUCCAACGACAAGGGGGAAUUGGUGCAAAAGUGCGACACGUGCGACGACUCCGAGCCGCGGUUGCGACACCCGCCGGAAUAUCUCACGGACCUGAACAAUCCAAAUAACUUGACCUGUUGGCAGAGCCAACCCCUGACCCCGAACGAAGACGGCCAGAACGUUACCUUGACCCUCUCCCUGGGCAAGAAAUACGAACUGACGUACGUAAGCCUCCAGUUCUGCGGAGAGAAGCCGGAGUCGAUGGCCGUUUACAAGAGCAUGGACUAUGGAAAGACGUGGCAGGCGUUCCAGUUCUAUUCCUCGACGUGCGACGAGAUGUACGGCCGGCCAUUGAAGGCGGGCAUUUCGAAGGCGAACGAGCAGGAAGCCCUUUGUACGGAUGGCCAUAUAAAACAAGACCCCCUGGCGGGAAGCCGAGUCGCCUUCUCCACUCUCGAAGCCCGACCUUCCGCUUUUGAUUUCGACAAUUCACCCGUCCUGCAGGACUGGGUGACGGCGACGGACAUCCGGGUGGAAUUCAACCGGCUGACCCGUUUGGGUAAAGAAAAUGACACUUCGGAUUAUUAUUAUUAUUCCGUGUCGGAUUUCGCGGUCGGCGGUCGCUGCAAAUGCAACGGCCACGCCUCUCGUUGCAUCCCGGGCGACGACGGUCAAUUGACCUGCGACUGCAAGCACAACACUGCCGGCCGGGAUUGUGAAAAGUGUAAACCGUUCCAUUUCGACCGACCUUGGAGCAGAGCAAACGCCCGUGAAGCCAACGAAUGCGUCGCAUGCAACUGUAACCUGCACGCCCGGCGGUGCCGGUUCAACAUGGAGCUGUACAAGCUGUCCGGCCGGGUGAGCGGCGGCGUCUGCCUCAAAUGCCGCCACAAGACGGCCGGUCGACACUGUCACUAUUGUCGCGAGGGUUACUAUCGUGACCCCACCAAGUCCAUCACUCAUCGCAAGGCUUGCAAACCAUGCGACUGUCACCCGAUCGGUUCGUCGGGGAAGACGUGCAACCAGACGAACGGUCAGUGUCCUUGUAAAGAUGGGGUUACGGGGAUCACCUGCAACCGAUGUGCCAAAGGGUAUCAACAGAGCCGAUCACCCAUCGCUCCCUGCGUCCCUAUUCCGAAGGUACCCCAGCUCAUGCCAAACACCGUGCAGACCACGUCCAGUCGAUGUGGCAAGUGUCGCGUGAACACGAAGCGGCUGAACCUGAAGAAACUCUGCCGGAAACAUUAUGGCUUCCUGGCCACGGCGUACGGCCGUGAGAUCAUCGGGGACUGGGUUCGAUUCUCGAUGAAUGUGGGGACGGUGUUUAAAAAGGGGCGAGAAGUGCCUCAGCUGUCCCAGGGGCGCAACGUCCUCUGGAUCCGCAUCAAAGACCUCGCCUGCAAAUGCCCCAAAAUCAACAUGGGACGACCGUAUUUGAUAUUGGGGAAGGUGUCGUCGAGUAACCCGGGUUUGACGAUCGAUAAACGAUCGAUCGUGAUCGAAUGGAAGCAGGAAUGGGAGAGACGCAUCAUCCGACUUCAAAGGAAGGCCCUCCGGAAAUGUCCUCCCAUGUAAUCCACUUCUACUUCUCAGUUGUGAUCCCUGUCUACAAAACAUUCAAUACUCACUGCUCUUUUUUUUUUAUACAUAUACAAAAAUGCUUAAUGUGAUGAAGUGAGGGCAAAAGGGCAGCUCUUGAGGCAUUCGGUUGUGAAGAGGAAGAGAGGAGGAAAACAUUUUCAAAUUUGGAUGUUGUAUAUCCAUGGCUAGUCCUGUAUAGUAUUAUAUUGGAAAGAGCGAGUGUGUAAAGAAUGUGUGUCCGUGUGGUCGUUAGAGAAUUCGAUAGAGCACAAAAGAAAAUUUUUUUUUCCCUACUCCGACGGAAAUUUCCUGUAAAACAAACCAUGGGAAUGUGAUACAAAGAAAAUUGUGGAGACUCUUCCUUCAAUAAAAUGCCAUUUUUAUGCCCCCAUCACAGAACGACAAAUUUGACAAAUAAACUCUGAAAAAUAAAUUUUUCUUCUGAUAUAAAUCUGAUAAAAUAUACCAC